AUUCCUCAAUUUCAGUCAGUGUUGAUAGACCAAUAUCAUGUUAAUAGGUUAGGUCACCGUAUCAAUGAUAGGAAGGUUUACAUGUUCUUAUUGAUAAUAGGUUGAUAAACACUGUCAAGAUAUUUUGAUUUUAAAGGGAUUUAGUUAAAAACGUUUAACUUAACAUGUCAGUUUCACUGUGCUGUAGAAGAUUUCCUCGUACUCUUAAUGCAAGGCUUGUGCAACCUACGAGAAAUGGUUACAUAGUACUGUUACCAGAGAUCAACCCAAAUAUUCCUGAUAAUGUAGCACUUAUGAAAGACAACAUGCCAGACUUCAAAAGCCUUACGACAGAGAAGUGUGUGACGACCAUGGGGAAACACCUUCUGGACUUUGAACAAGGAGUCAGGGUGAUAGAACAGGCGGUGGAGAAAGCCGGUUGCACCGAUGUUGUCAAAGAGGUGAUUGAACCACUGGAGAAAAUAAGUGCGUCUCUAGACACAUCUUGGGGAAUAGUGAAGAAUUUGUACCUGACGAGUUCUACGCUGAUGCCGGCCACAACGUAUGUUCCGUUACAUCAUCGGGCCCGUCGAGCUCGAGCUUCCAAGUUCUAUAGCAAAGCUAUAUACACAGCGUGUAAGGAGAGUGACCAGAGUAAGAUGACGGAGGAGGACCAGAGGGUUGUUGACAAGUUCAUCCUGGAGGGGAGAUUGGCAGGACUGGAUCUGGAAGAGAUCAAACGAGAGGAACUCGCCAAUGUUCACAUACGGAUGGCCGAGUGUCGGUCAGAUUUCACCAUGAGAAUGCAGGUUUCAUCGAAGAUGUUCAAACAUACGAUACACGACCCCAGUGUCACCAGAGAGAUGCCAGACCAGCUGCUGAGGCUAAUGUCAGAAAAUAAGGAUGAGCCCAGCCGAGGUCCUUGGACAGUGACGCUGGAGCCGCAACUCCAGGAGCUGUUCAUGGCAUAUUGUCCAGACAGGGAACUCCGCUGGAACGUGUGGCAAGCCAACAGCCGAGUGGCAUCUCACUCACUGGAAGAUUCACAACUCCACAACAGUGCAAUUUUGGAGAAGAUAAGAGCUCAUAGGAAGGAUGAAGCCCGACUGCUUGGGUAUGAAAGCUAUGCACAUUUAUCCAUGGAAACAAAAAUGGCCGGCUCCCUGGAAAAUGUACAACAGACUUUGGGAAACAUGUUGCAAGUUGCAAAGCCGGCAGCUGAUAGAGAGUUGGCCGACCUGCAACAGUUUGCCUGGGACAGAGGGUUCGAAGGUGGACUACAGGUUUGGGACAUUCCUUUCUGGCAGCGGAAACAGAGGCGGACUCUGUACAAUUUCCAGGAAGAGACCCUAAUCGACUUCCUGCCGUUCGACAAAGUGUGGACAGGUCUGCUGGGGCUCUGCGAGAGACUGUUUGACCUCAAGUUCGUGGAGCAGAAGAUGGACCUUUGGCAUCCUGAUGUCAGAUUCUUCCACAUCUACGAAGAUGACUCCAACAAACCAGUUGCUGGCUUCUACUUAGACCCUUACGGGAGGGAGGACAAGCCGAUGACAGGAUCGAGGGGAGCCUGGGUAGUGAACAUCACACCAGCAGCCAGGAUACACAAGGCACUCCCUCUGUCCACUCUGGUGCUGCACCUGGAUCCUCCAAUCUACGGGAAGCCAGCUCUGCUUACCUGGGCCGACACUCAACUGCUCUUCAGACAGUUUGGACACAUUCUACAACAGCUGUUAACUACUGUGAACUACACAGAAGUGGCUGGGCAGUCUAACGUGGAGUGGGACGCAGUGGAGAUCGUAGGAAACGUUUUCCUCCAUUGGUUGAAGGACCCUGCAGUGUUUGAAAGUAUAUCAGGCCACUACGCUACAGGGGAGAAACCACCAGUUCCACCUCUGACUGAAAUUGACAGGCAUCUGGCCGGUUAUAAUCUCUGCCAUGAAUUGUUCAAAGCACAUCUCGACCUAGAAAUUUACUCCACCAAGGACUUCUGGCAGGAUAUAAUGAAGCGUCUAUGGCCAGCACACUUCAUCCUGCCACACGACCAUUGGAACUCGUUGCCUUGCAACUUCAGCGCGAUCGUGACAGAGCAGUGGUGCGCGGCAUACUUCAGUCACGUGUGGGCCCGCAUGGUGGCUGCCGAUGUGUACACCGCGUUCACUGAACCUGACGUCGACUUGAAGAAUAUCGGCUCUAGGUUCAGAGACACUUAUCUAGCGUUCGGUGGGAGUUGUCCACCUGGUGAGGUGUUCCGCAGGUUCCGAGGUCGUGACCCCUCUUCUGAGGCCUACCUCAAGUAUCUCGGCUUACACUGAACUCCCUGCUCUCACUCGACCACUCAGUGCAGGUGGUGUCCAGUAAGACUGAAGAUGUUUCUAGUCUGCAGAUGACGGCUCUAUCUUAAUAGUUGUUCUGUGGCGAAGAACAAAAUUCUACUACUUCAAAAGAGAAUGUUUAACAAAUUCAAUUUUGUUUUGUUUCGUGUGUCUCUCCGCAUUUAGAUUUUAAUAACAACUCAAACUGUGCACUUUUCACGGUGGUUGUUUACAUUAUUAUAAAGUAGCACAAAUGAUUAUGGUUAAUUUUUUUAUUCGUUUAAUUGUAAUUAUCUUUCAAUACAGUUGUUUACCCUUUUUUAUGAUUUUUUAGCAAUGGAAUUUUGUGAAUGUAAAGUUGUUCAAACUCACCAAAAAUAUCAUAUUGCUGUUUCUUUAAAAAUAUAUAAUUAAUGAUAUAAGACAUAUGAUGGAAACGUGACCUCUUGUGUGAAAUAAGCCAGUAGUUAAAAAUAGUACAGCAUUUUAAAGAAGGAUUUUAAUAUUUCUGCUGAAUUUGAGGAAACAAAUGAUUUUAAGAUUUUAAAAAAUCUUUUUUGUAAUAUAAUUGGUUUAUUUUGAUUUUAUUAAUACAACAAACUGUUCUUAUGUAAUUAAGUUGGAAGUUGAAACCCCUCACGGGAAAUUUGUGUGUGGAAUGGAAAAAAUUAAGGAAAACCUAGAUAUUAUUUUGGUCAUAUUAAAAACUCAGUUCUCUCAAGAAUUGUUUGUCCUAAAAAAUCAUAAAAUCCAAUUUUUUUAAUGAACUAUUGUCUAAUUAUAAGAGUAAUAUCAUAACAAAAUAAGAAUUUGGGUUCAUGAGUUUUGCCUCUCAAAGUCAACAAUACCUAUAAUUAUUUUAGAAGCAAAGCCACAAAAUUUGUUUCAGAUUUGUGGUGAAAAGCUAUACUUUUGCACAUAUUCCCCAUAAGUGGUCUGUGCAACAAGCUACUGAAUUUCUUGAUUAAUUAAUUAAAUAGAUUUCAGUAACAAAGUAACUAUUAUUUAAGACAAUUUUGGGUCCAGUAGUUCUAAUGGGAAUUAUUUUAAGACCUAUGAUUGUGAGAAAAUUUCAUUUUCAUUCCUAUAAAUACGCCUCUGGUAUGUUUUCCGUGGGUUUGAGAAAACCCUGCGCUAUCAGAAUGCAAUUCUAAUACAGUGUACGGCUACAGGAAAUGAUCCGGCUUGCACGAUCCAUUCCAAUACAUUAUUGAAGUUAACAUUUAAUAAAAUGUUAAAUUAUGUUUGCAGAUGAAGUCAAUAAAUUCACUCAAAACAAGUAGUUAUUACAUAUCUAUAGUGUACAUCUUAAAGCAGCCAACAAUUUUCCAACUUUAAUGUUUUUAAUUACAGAUUUUAGUUGCUGUUUGAAUUUUUAUAUACGCUUUUUACUCAUCAUUUAUGUGCUUUUUAACAUUUCAAAACAAUGUAGCAUUAAAGUAAAGUGCUUAAGUUUUUCUACAAUAAAAAAAACUGUAUUUAAAAUCAUGCAUUUUAUUGUUAGAGUAUUUAAGAAACCAUAACAUUUAUUUAUUGUAGAUCACAAUAAACUAAAUUCAUUAUCAUGUUAUAUUUUACUACUGGCAUCAAAUAGGCUAGUAAAAUGAAUGCGACAUUGUAGGCCUAUAUUUUAUUUGUAAUUAUUUAAAACCUAUGAAUAAAUACAUGCCACUUCCUCAUUCUAGAUCUGUGAUAUUUUAUCACUCAAUUAAUAAAAUGUUUAUUUUCAUUAGCUGAAAUUAA